CCAUUGGCUAGCACAUUAAGGUUCGUACGUCCUCGUCCUGCCUUCCAGUCACCAAACUGACUCAUUUCUUAGCCAUAUAUUUCUACAACUACAUAACAAAGAUGCCUUCCACAUCGCACCUCCGCCUACAAACCCACUUUGAGCCGUUCUCUGCUGAGACCACUGCCUCCCGCUACAUCUCAUCGCCGCCCCAGAAGAAGCAGAAGAUGUCUCUCACCCAGACCUACUACAUCGCCGCCUCUGCCCGCUCCAAGCUGGGCAAGGAAGCCUGCAGGUCCGACCACGACCUCCGCCUUCUUGUCGGACACGCCAACCUCCUCGACAGCCUCAUGAUCGAACUUCAAGACGCCGAGCGCCAGCAAGAAGCAUGGUUCAACCAGACCAUGGCUAAGACCUCCAAGGUUGAGGAGCCCCGACACAUCCAGUGGGCCGACAGCAUCGCUGAGGAGGACGACGAGUCCGACUCUGACUCCGAGUCUGACUUCGAUGACGACUUCGACAUGAUCCCUAUGCCCCGCCGCAUCGCACAAGCACCCAUCCAGAUCUCCACAGUUGAGCUUGACUUGGAUGAGGAUGAGGAGGAGUACUACGACGACAUGGAGGAUGACGCUGAGCUCACUCUCACUCGUGUCCCCUCGCAAAUCCAAUCACCACCCGAGCUCGUCUAUGAGGAGGACUCCGAGGACGAGUCGCCGCCUACAUCGCCGCCCACUGCAUCGCUCGAAUUCUCAGAGAAGGAGGCUUUGCUCACAACAACAUUCUACGCCAGCAAGACACCAUCGAAAUACCUCGAAGACGACGAGCCGCUAUUCAUGGAUACAAAUGCUUCUCUCAUCUCAAGUUACUAAGUUGCCUCGGCGACCUUGUGAUUUGUUUUUGCAUUUGAUCCAGCAUUUUAGCGAGCGAGUCCUUUUCAGCGUGGCAUUUUCGAGCAUUAUACCUAUUUUCUUUUUCUUAUUACUGCAGUACAACUGCAAUGAAGCAUGGACGGAACGAACUCUACUCAGAUCUACGGAAUUUUAUAUAAGAGUAUGGAUUGGGAAACUGGUCGCAGGGCGCGGUAUGAGCUCUCCCCCAUAUUGGCUGGUUGAGACUCCCCCUUGCAAUAGCUAGAGCUAUCAAUCAAAGUGAUCAUCUCAUCAAAA